AUCAGCUGCAAUCCUAACCAAAUCAGUGCAGUUGAUCAAAAUGGCUUCUCGAGGUGUAACUGUUAGUCGCCAAGUGAAACCCAUUUUAUCUAUUAACAGAGAAGACGCGCGUAGAAAAGUGCUUGCAUUGUAUAAAGCAUGGAUUCGUCAAGUGCCAAUCUCACUACUUUACUACUAUAUUCCUAAAACAGAGGCGGAUUGCAAGCAGAAGAUACGCGAAGAGUUUAAACGUCAUGCUCAUGUGACUGACGUGAGGCUUAUAGAUAUGCUUAUAAUAAGGGGUCAAAUGGAAUUACAAGAAGUGGCUAAUGUAUGGAAACCCAAGUCAACACUCAUGCAUUAUUGGAAGGAGACUUGGGAACCGCAGCCGACCGAUUUCAUGUCGAAAUUUCUUCGUGGUCAAGAUUAAUUUAGUGCUGUUUGCAAAAUCUAAUGUGCUUGCAUCUUAGAAACAAAACAUUGUAACGAGUCAUGUAUAUAUUAUGCGUAAAUAUAAGAAAUUGGGUUGAUUUUAAU